AUGACGGAACUGUACUCGGGGCUCCACGUGGGCCAACGGUUUACCUCCCUGGAAGAUUUCAAGACGGUCAUACGAAGUAUAUCGGUCAGACAACAUUGGGAGCUUCGGGUGAUUCGAAGCAAUAAAAAAAGUGUGGUUAUUGGCUGCCGUUCUGGGGCCAAUUGCUUCUUUCGCGUGGUCUGUCGGUCGAACAAGAACUCGACCUACAUCACCAGCCUUCAAGACAACCAUAGUUGCCGACGGGGUGAAGCGACAGCGGGCAUGACUCCUGCGCGCUCUGAAGCCUCGCAUGUGCGGUUCUUGCUUAGUGAAAUACCCAAGCUGUUCGACAUGAACACCAGGAUCAAAGGCCAGGAGGUCGUCGACGCUGUCAAGCGAUACCACGGAUAUGACAUCUCUAUGAGACAGGCUCAGCGCGCAUUGACAAAACUGCAGCCACGGCAAGCAGAUAGCCAAGGCGAGCAGUCACUGGAUCUGGAUAUGAGUGCCGUUGAUCAGCACUCACCUGCGCACUCUCAGCCUGAAUCGCAAGCAAGUGCAGGGCCAGCAUACCGUGACAUAUCGGAGAAUCGCUGGAUGCAAGAGCCUUUGCAACCACCACUGAUUGACGAUACUUCUGUGGAUCCAACCGAGUCCUCAACCAACCACUCCAAUGCACCAGCGGCAGCUCAAUCUAUCCGGUCAUCUCAGAUAGCACAAGCGCCGGGCCAGUCUGUUCUGGGAAACCCACGCCCUAUAACGGUAUCCCAAUCAGGCGUUGGAUACUCAGCAGGUCCUGCUCUACCAAUCGCGGCCCCAGGGCACCCUAAACCCUCAGACUAUACGCAACGCAACGACCACGGCGUCCCGCAAAUGGUGCUUACGAAUUUCAAGAUUGAAUUUACUUGCACGACCUGCGGCUCUCUGAACCAGAGCUUUUUUCCCAACCAGGGCAAUGUUACAGGAGCUGGCUACAUGCCUCACCCCUCCGUGCCAAACCAGAGCGCUGUCACGAGACAUCCAGGUCCUGCUCCCCCGAAUGGACCAGGGACUGGCAGCCACGAAGUUGCUGAAGAUGGCGGAUACGCUAUCAGUGCACUGAGCGCCCGCGACAUGCAUAAUGCAUGGGCUGCUGGUGGACUAGGGGUUCCUAUUGAUCCGAGUAAUACCUAG